AUGGAGUGCCAGGAAAGCGCUGAUUUGGGUGAGCCUGAGUGCUAUUACUUUGAGGAGUAUGAGGCUCCAAGGAUGAACCCCUCUGUUGUGGCUGCACACAAGAGGAUUGGACUUCUCCAAAAGUUCAACAAAUGGCAAGGGAAAGCCAUUGAGAAGAUGCAAAAGUCCAUGGACAAGAUGGUGAGCAAGAUCAAGAGCUUGGAGAAGAAAGUUUCUGGUUCUUCAAGCAAGAAAAAGAAGGCACCCAAGCUCCCACUUUCCCUAGGAGUAGGUCACUCCUCACCACUCAAAGGAGACUCCCUGCCCAAGAGCCUCACAGAGCCUCUUCUUUCGAGCCAAGGGAAGGAGAAGACAACACGCAGAGAAGGAGGAAGACUUCCAAGGCCAGACGCUCCAGCUCGACCACCGGACUCGAUCGAGUCCAAACAGAGGAAACUCAACUCGAUCGAGCUGACGGUCGAGCUGACCAGGAGGAGCCCCAGUUUGAGGAUCCGGGAUUUGAAUACGAUCCCAUGCCUUACCAGGAGCCUCCCCGGAGUAGAUGGAACUCCUAUGGACAGUACGAGCUACCAAUGCUCCACCAAGGCCAAGGAAGCCACACACAUUUCAACGAUGAAGAAGAGGAGGAAGAGGAGCCACAAGCUCGAUCGAGUGAGCCCAAGAUGA